AUGUCUUCAACACCUGUAUUUUCGAAUUAUGAGACUGAAAAUAAUAAUAAGGCAUUUCAUUACUCCAGAGCUGUCAGAGUUGGACCAUGGAUCAAAUGUGCUGGUCAAGGUGGAUGGGAUAAAGAAGGAGUGAUUCCAGACGAUCACGAUAAGCAAGUACUUCUUGCUUUUGAAAAUGUUGAAAAGGCUAUCAAAGCAGCUAAGGGAAAUGGCUGGCAGGAUGUCAUUACAAUAAGAACUUAUCAUUUAGAUAUUUCUAAAUUUUCUAUUUUUGUAGAUCAGUUCAAAAAGUAUAUGCCAAAUCAUAUGCCUACAUGGACUUGUGUUGAAGUUACAAAACUAGGAGACCCAGACAUGCUUAUCGAAAUCGAAGUUGAAGCAUAUGUUACUGAGUAG